AUGAGUCUCAAAAAGAGCGCAAAACUCGACCUGCUGGUUCGUGUCCGAUACACCAACCCAAUACCGCCGCCGCCAUGCCCUCCCAAAUUGCUGGAUAUUCCAACGAACCCAAUGCGAUAUGCGCGACCUGAAUUCCUAAACGCCGUGGCGAGCGAACAACCCCUACCUAUGAUCGUCGAUGCAGAGUGCGGAAUGCCGUUGGACUUGUCACAAUUCGAAUCAUUAUGGGAUGAAGGAGCGGAUGAUUCAUCAUUAAAUCCCGACCCUAACAACCUACCCCGACUGGAUCCCAAGGAUGCGUUUAUGUUGGGCGACCCCUCGUCUUCAACAGGGAUGUAUCCCACUUCAGGACCCAUUGGUCCAACACCCAUCGCCCCCAUGCCUGCUAGCGUUCCCUGGCUGCGAAAGACCGAAUAUCUCAGUCGGGAAAGUGGUCAACGUGGUACAACAACGCAAGAACCAAAAGUCGCGACAACGACCGUGGUGGACGUUUCGAGGAAUGCACAAUUGGCAACCAUUGAAGCAUCCUUUAAAGCUUGCAAUGACGACUUUGAUCUCGAAAACUUGCGACACCCGAACAACCCCAACCUCACAGCGGUGGAAUCAUAUCCCAUCCUACCCGACGCAGACAUCUGGGCCAACCAAUAUGACUUGUUCCGAUUCUCUGAAAGACCGGGCGAAAGGCCUGCAGAUGUUCCCGAUGAGCGUCUGGAUUGUGCUAUCCUUCGCCCCAUGAAAACGGAGCACGACUCCUUCCUUGCUUAUUACCUCACGAAAGACGACGAUUCGGCAUUGCGUCUCAAGGAGCUACGGGCGUCUCUCAACCCUUAUGAAGUUCCGGAAGAGCAGGAGGAAACUAUCUUCCAAUUCGUUCGAGACUACGAGACUGUCAAGGUCGAACAAGAAGUGCCGAACGAGUUCCUGCUCACGAUACAAGAAGACGAGGGUAUCCGCUCGAUGGCCGACGUCGUCAACGGUACCGACCAGCGCCCAAGGAAAGAAAAGGGUGCUUAUUACAAGAACAUCGAGCGGAAGAUGUUGCUCAAAAAGAAGCGCGCAAACGUAUACGACCAAUACGAUGACAAGUGGGAGAUUAUCCGGGCGAAGUACGCGCCGACGAGCAAGGAGGAAGAGGAGGAGCGACAGGAUGCAUUGGCAGAGGUUGCCGACCCAAUGUACAUGCUCAACCGAGACGCAGAUGGCGAGAUAGAGGUGGAGGAUCAGGCGGAAGAUCCUAGUGUAGCGAUCUUUGGAAACGGCGGGGAUGACUUCUAA